AUGCUUGGGAAGGUCUGGUUUCUUUCUCUUUUACUGGGAGUAGAAUGCUACACGAUUGCAAAUGAAACUUUACUACAUCAAGUUUUAUUAAACGGAUAUAACAAAAGAAUUCGACCCGGAGCCGACAGAACUACGCCGGUUAACAUAGUCGCCAGCUUCAAUUUAGUUACACUCAAAGAAUUUUCCGAGACGGAUGGUAAAAUUGCAGUUGUCGGUGCCUUCGGAUUUAGUUGGAAAGAUGAAAGAUUGGUCUGGGACCCAGCAUCCUAUGGAAAUGAUCUCUACAGCACUAAAUUUUACUUGAAGGACAUAUGGGUUCCAAACUUUGUGAAUUUGAAUCCAUACGAUAAACUAAAACGCAUUGGUCUGGAUGAGAUGGAUUGUGUAUUACAAGAUGAUGGAAGGGUGGAUUUUCAUCCGCCAGAUCUGUAUGAAUCUACGUGUGAUGCGGAUGUGACGUAUUACCCAUUUGAUAGACAAAAAUGUUCCUUAUUGUAUUACAUCCCCGGUUACUAUUCUGAAGAUAUCAAUAUUGAAGCAGCGUCAUCAACGUUUCAUAUGGAACUCUAUGAAGAAAACGGUUUAUGGGAAGUCACGGAAACAUCCUUUACUGUAAAAACAACGGCUAAAAAUUUCCAAGUCAUCCAUCUUACAAUAUCCAUGACAAGAAGGACUACCUACUACAUAGCUGGCCUACUUCUGCCAAUAGUACUCAUGAAUUUCAUUCAACUUUUUGUGUUCCUCCUUCCGGUUGAAUCUGGGGAACGCCUGGGGUUUAGCAUCACGGUUCUUCUAGCAGUAGCGGUUUUUCUUACUAUAAUCCAAGACAAACUUCCGGAAGCUUCAGAGCCAAACGUAUCACUUCUUACCUAUAAACUGUUAGUGGAUAUGAUCAUCGGAUGUGGAAUGAUUUUAGCAGUAGUGAUUGGAAUGAGGUUUUAUCACAGGAGCGAUGAUACACGGAUUCCAUGGAUUCUUCGUGGAUUAACACGUUGUUAUUUUUGCUGCAAGCCAAAAUCCUCAAUCGAACCUGACGAAGUUGUUCAAAUGAAAUCGGAAAAAUUGGAUAUGGAGUCAGAUGAAAUACCUAUGACAUGGAAUGAUGUUGGAAAUGCCUUUGAUAUUGUUUGUUUAACUCUUUUCUUUCUCUCUUUGGUAUUGAAUAAUAUAAUU